GUAAUAGUGUGAUUUUAUAUGUAUUUAUUUAUUUUUGGUGAUAUAGUCGCGUUUGAUGUGUUUAUAUACGUUCUUAUAUAUUCUUACAUGCUUAUAACGCAAUCCAAACACAAACACUUCAUACACAUACACUUCAGCCCUGUAGAGAUUUCUUUAUAGCUUUGAAAGUCUUAAAAAAUAGUAAAUAAUGAUAGUUUUUAACAUUAUUGCUCCAAUAUCUGUCUCAUUGCUUCCUAAACCAGUUGCAUAAACAGUGGGAAUUACAGAAGUGCAACGUGCAAACAAAAUACAAUUGAGCUAGCUAUAGGAAACUGCAAGAAUAGCACUCAAAACUAUGACAGUAAGCACCAGAUUAGUGAAUAAAAAGCUUACAUUUAAAAGAGGGUAAAUAUUAAAAAAGUUCUUGUGAUAGUUAAGGUUUACAUAAAACAGCUUUCCUCAUUCCUCCUGUCCCUCUGAAGAUCCCAAAAAAAAAAAUCAUAGUCAAUUAGAGAUGCAUAUAAUGCAUUAUUGAACAGUGUCAUUUAUUUCACCUUUUACAGUUGAGUUCAUGAAAAAUUAUGCCAAUUACUGAUUUCCUCCAGGGCAAUGUAGUAAGUGGUUGGACCCUGAGGCCAUUUGUUGGGGCAUGACUUGCUGCUCUUUGUGAGGUCGAGGGGAGUGAUGUACAUGCGUCAUCACACCAUUUUGCGGUCUGGCUCCUGAGUUUAGUCAAUUAGGAAAACGAGCAGUGCAGCGAUAUGCGCACUUUCACCAGAGUCCAUUUCUUUGUUAAAUUAAAUCAAUCUCACUCAGCCAGUCUAAAUUGAAUAGCUCUCACCUACUUUUAAAUGUGAAAUAGGUGAAUAUCAAAACAGCCGUGGCAUAAAUCCUAAUCCAAUUUCUCUGAUGCUCGCGAAGAAUAGAAGCUUUUCAAGCAACCGCACACUUCUUUAAUCUAUCUUCUCUCGAGACAUUUUCUAUUGUAACAUCUUCAAGAGUCAAUUAACUUCACUUGAAUAAUUUGAUCGGAAAACUUUGAAGUGUGCUAGCUGUUUGUAACUGGAUUUUUUUUUUUAAAUUAAGAAAAAAUAUUAUGUGUAUUUUUUAAUUUCGUUUAAAUAAAAUUGACAAACUUUCUUCGCUUACUUCCCCAAAUCCAAUCAAUUGAAGUUUACAAAAUAUGACGUUUUACUACAUGCAUACACACACCUCAUUCACAACAUAAACUGUCUUUAGCAUAAUCAGCUGUGUAUUUUGGAUUUCACAUGAGGGAAAUUCUCUGCUGGAUGAAAACGAACCAAAGCAGUAUGUUUAAAAUAUCUUGACACGAGUGAUUUUAAAGUGUCUUCUCCUUCUCACUAACCUUGAGCACCAUCAGGUGAGGCUGAACCCCCCUAAAAAAAAAACUACUACCACCACCACCACCACCUCCGAUCUGUAUUAUCAACAGAGCACUGAGAAGAUUGAUACUCCCAGUGCCAGCUGGAAAAAGAGAAUGAAUCAGAAUUUAAUAUGACUUUAAUGUAUUAUUUUCAUCUUAGCCGGUGCCACAGACCCAUCGAGAACCUGGCGCACAAUCCCACAGCGUCUUAAAAUAUUUAAAUUGGCUACAACUUUUUGAUGUUAGAGACUGUACAGGUAUAUGAAAGUUUCUCUGCUGGGAGCAUAUAUAGUGCACAUUGCAGAAAUUUUAUUUGGACCACCCACUCUUAAAAAGUCAGUCUUUCUAUAAACGCAUAUGUGACAUUUACACAAUCUGCUUUAUAUAUUGUUGAAGAAACUGUAUAUGCAAUAUAUAUUAUAAGAUAUAAACUAUAUAAUACACUAUAUUUAACAAAUACCUAUUUUUUCCACAUAUCUGAGAAACAUAAUGAGUUGUGUAAACAUCUUAUCACCCCUUUAAACAAAUGAAUCUGCAGAAAAUAUUUAGCAUGUAUGCAUAUGGGCAUGUUCUAGGACAGGCAGAUAACAUAUUGCAGACAGGCAGCAAGCAGAGUCACGUAUUGUAUAAAAAAAGGGAUGCGGACAUUGAUUGAUUGGUACUUGCUACUUGUGGGCUGUACUACAGUCUGAGUCACAGCUGACAUGUUAAAAACCAUAAUUACAGCAUCAAAAAUGUGUUUUCUAUAAAUAUAUUAUUUUAUUGUGUCUUACAUUUUUCCUCACAAAGGUGAUUAGAGCCCCCUAAAAGCUAUAAUGCAAGCCAUAUAAGGCACUUUGUUCCUUUUUGGUAAUAAAAUUUAGGCUGCAUUCUUGCCAACCAGAGAGACCAGGCAGGCAUGGUGAGAUAUUGCAGUGAUACCUGUGAUAUUACAGUCUCAGUAGAAAAAACAGCAUUGUUUAAUUUGACAUAACAAUUGAUAUGAUUCUGACCAGUGUGUUUUAAUACAGGAAGAAUAAACAGCUACCAUCCCAUUUGUGGGUUUCUAGCUAGCUAAAAAAACAACAAAAAACAACUAACUUUGUUAGCCUAAACAUUUUAAUCUAGAAGUUUCAAGUACGUCUAAAAUGAGUGCACUUUUUUGACAUAGUGUUAAUAUCAGUGUUAGCUCGUUUAUUUUGUAUUUUAUUUUAAAUUAGCAUUAGCCUUUAUAGCGCUAAUUUAAGCUAACAUAAAAGAUAAGGUUAUUUUCGCCAUUUAUUCAUAUUCCUGGGGAAAAAAAACUCUUUCACUUGCUGUCUAUUUGCAGAAGCACAGUUUACCCCUUAUAAUAUAAUAUUAUUUAAAUUAUUUUGUAAGAAAAAAAUACAUUUAUAAGAAAAUACUGUAGUGGGGGGGAGCAAUAUACAGAAUAUACAGAACACUGUUUUAUCUAAGCUUAAUGUAGCAAAUAUAUAGCUUUAUAAUCUCACAGAAAAAUAUACUGUCUGUUUGUAUUUUGAUAAAUAGUUAUCCUGCCCUGAACUACAGUCAAAACAUUUAAAUGAAAUGUCUGUAUAGUUUUUUUUUAGUGUAGUGGUGUAGUGUACUUUAUAUAACAUUGAAAAUAUAGGUCUCUGUCCAACUUUUCAAUAUAUCUGCAUAUUCCUUUCUCAGGAGAAAGGCUCCAGCAGUGAUCCUUACCUCCAUAAUAAUUUUUGUGUGUUGAAUUCCUAAUCUUCAAAUGAGUGUUUUGCAUGUGUACAUGUGCAGGUCAGUGGAGUGUCUCAUUGCUAGUUCAGAGCUACUGGAGCAGAGAAAAGGAUGGAAAUGUCUGCAAUUUGAAACCUUGUUAGGAAUUUAUGAAGUGCUAAAAUGUUUUCUCCCCAGAGAGGGUCCAAGCCAGCUGCCAGUGCCACUGUAAGCCAUUUACUGCAGAGCUUUGCCACCAGGCUGAGGCGACAAGGCAUACACACACAAAUGCUGUAUUUUUGCCUGAAAUACAAACAAACUGUCUUUUCACAGAACCUCAGAUCGUAGACUUCUGCUGCCUUGGCUUCUUCACUCUGAAAUCAAACAGCUGUAGAUUUAUAUGCAGCUAAUUGAGCCAACAUUGACAUUUAUUACCCUCCUAUCCUCUUGAGAAUGCUCCUGCACUAACUACAUUUAAUGCCAUUCUCUUUACAGUGAUGCCAGUUUAAACCGAAGCAUGAACAUAAUCACGUCCGUGGACCUUAUUUCAUAAUUGAUGGGAGUUUAUGUUAAUUUAAUGUUCCCAAAAUCCCAGGGAUGGGAAUACACUGAUGAAUCUAUAACUGCUGAUCAUGAGCAAUGAAUAAGCAACACUUGGAGUCAGAGAUUUUUAACAAAUACUGAUUCAAUCUUCUUCAUCUUAACUAAUUUAAAUUGAUACUUAAAUAUCAAGAGCUUAAUAUCAAGAGCUUAUUUAUCAACUUAUGUUAAGGUGGUGCUUUCAGCAAUAAUUACUGCAAAAUUUAAAAAUGAAAGACUGAUAAAUAAAAUCAAAACCACAGAUUGUGAUGUUCUCCUAUUUUUUUUCUAUUCCAGUUUUCAGUGAAGACCUACAUUCCAGCUUAUACUUUGUCAAUGCAUCUCUGCAAGAGGUAGUAUUUGCCAGCACCACAGGGACCUCUGUGCCCUGUCCUGCUGGGGGUGCGCCGCCUGCCUCGUUGCGGUGGUAUCUGGCUACCGGCGAGGAGAUCUACGAUGUCCCCGGCAUCCGUCACGUUCACCCCAAUGGAACCCUCCAGAUCUUUAACUUCCUGCCAUCCAGCUUUAGCAAGCUGAUCCAUGACAACACGUACUACUGCACUGCCGAGAACCCUUCUGGCAAGAUUAGGAGUCAGGAUGUCCACAUCAAAGCCGUAUCACGGGAACCCUACACAGUCAGAGUGGCUGACCAGAAGGCUAUGAGAGGGAGUGUAGCCGUGUUCAAGUGCAUUAUUCCUGCUUCUGUGGAGGCCUACGUCACUGUCGUAUCAUGGGAGAAAGACACCGUGUCGCUCAGCUCAGGACAAAGAUAUCUCAUCACAUCCACGGGAGCCUUGUAUAUUUUGGACGUCCUGCCUGAGGAUGGCCUGAAUAACUAUCGCUGCACCACGCGUCACCGCUACACCGGUGAAACUCGCCAGAGCAACAGUGCACGUCUCAUUGUGUCGGACCCCACCAAUGCUGAGCCAGUCAUCUUGGAUGGCUUUGACCACCGAGAGGUGAUGAUUAAUCAUCGGGUGGAGCUGCCCUGCAAGGCUUCAGGCUACCCAAUGCCCAAAUACCGCUGGCUGAAGGACAACAGCCCCUUGGAGCUCGACAGUCGCAUUCACCAGACAACCUCGGGGUUGCUGAUAGAGAGCACACAGCCCAGUGACUCGGGAACAUAUGUCUGUGAGGUGUGGAACAGCUAUGGCACCGCGGAGGUCAUGGGUCGCCUGUAUGUCAAACAACCCUUGAAAGUAGUGGUCAGCCCUCGAAAGGUGAAGGGUAGCGUGGGUAGCAAGGUGUCUCUGUCCUGUACCGUGAGCGGCUCAGAUGAAUACGAGCUGUCAUGGUAUCGCAACGGAGAGAUCAUCUACCCUGGCAACAAUGUUCGCUUCAUUGGGCUAAACCGGGAGAACCUCAUGAUGGAAGGAAUGUCGAAAAGUGACGGCGGGGCUUACCAGUGCUUCGCCAGGAAGGGCAAGAUGUCUGCACAGGACUUUGUUCAGGUUAUCCUUGAAGAUGGUACUCCGAAAAUCUUGUCCUCCUUCAGCGAGAAGGUGGUGAACCCGAACGAGCCCGUCUUCCUGGUCUGCAACGUCAAGGGCACCCCGCCUCCGAGGUGCACCUGGUCGCUGGACGACGACCCCGUCAUCAAAGACAGCCACCACCACCUGGGCCACUACGAGACCCACGAGGGCCACGUGGUCAGCCAGCUCAAUGUCACGCACACCCAGGUGCAAGACGGCGGGGUGUAUCGGUGCACGUGCAGCAACUCGGCCGGGGUCGUGUACCACCAGGCUCGAAUAAACGUAAGAGGCCGAGCCAGCAUUCGUCCAAUGAAAAACAUCACCGCAAUCGCUGGACGGGAUGCCUUCGUUCACUGUCGCGUCAUUGGCUACCCUUACUAUUCCAUAAAGUGGUACAAGAACUCUGCGCUGCUACCUUUCAACCACAGGCAGCGAGCGUUCGAGAACAACGGCACGCUGAAGCUUAGUAACGUGCAGCAGGUGGACGCCGGCGAGUAUAACUGCAAGGUGAUGGUUCAGCCCAACAAGAUGGACUCCCAGAGCGUCCACGUCCGAGUGAGAGUCCCUCCCUACAUCCAGCCCUUCGAGUUUCAGCGUUUCACCAUCGGCCAACGCGUCUUCAUCCCCUGCGUGGUCAUGUCUGGUGACCGACCGCUGGACAUCACGUGGCAGAAGGACGGGCGGCCGAUCCCCGCCAGCUUGGGCGUAACUGUGGACAACAUAGACUUUACCAGCUCGCUGAGGAUCUCCAACCUAACACCCGACCACAACGGCAACUACACCUGCAUCGCCCGCAAUGAAGCUGCUGUUGUGGAGCACCAGAGCCAGCUGAUCGUGAGGGUGCCUCCUCAGUUUGUGGUUCAGCCUGAGGAUCAAGAUGGGAUCUAUGGCAAAACUGUGACUCUUAACUGCUCCGCUGAAGGUUAUCCACCACCUACCAUCGUUUGGGAACACUCCAAAGGCGCCGGCGUCCCCCAGUUUCAGCCCAUCCCUCUGAACACCGGCUCUCGUAUCCAGCUGCUGAGCAACGGUUCGCUGCUUAUCAAACACGUGCUGGAGGACGACAGCGGCUUCUACCUGUGUAAAGUCAGCAACGACGUGGGAGCAGAUGUCAGCAAGUCCAUGUACCUCACAGUCAAAAUACCAGCCAUGAUCACCUCCUACCCGAACACCACUCUUGCCACGCAGGGUGAGGAGAAGAGGAUGAGCUGCAUAGCUCACGGAGAGAAACCCAUCAUGGUGCGCUGGGAGAAAGAAGAGCGCAUUAUCAACCCCGAGACCAGCAGAUAUGUGGUCACUGUCAAAGAGGUGGCCGACGAAGUCAUCUCAACGCUCGUGAUUAUGCCUACUCUUCGCGAGGACUCUGGGUUUUUCUCCUGUCAUGCCAUCAACUCCUUCGGCGAGGACCGAGGCAUCAUACAGCUGACAGUGCAAGAACCUCCUGACCCUCCCGAGGUGGAGAUUAGGGAUGUCAAAGAUCGAACCAUAGCGCUCCGCUGGACUAUGGGCUUCGAUGGAAAUAGCCCGAUCACAGGAUAUGAUAUUGAGUGCAAGAACAAAUCAGCGUCAUGGCUAUCAGCCCAGGUAACCAAAGAUGUCUCGCCACAGCUCAACCAGGCCACUAUUAUCGACCUCCACCCUUCCUCCACUUACAACAUCCGCAUGGUUGCCAAGAACGUUAUCGGCAACAGCAACCCCAGCAAUGAGCUCACCAUCACUACUGAUGAAGCAGCUCCUGAUGGCCCUCCACAAGAUGUCACUCUAGAGCCCACCUCCCCACAGAGCAUCAAAGUUUCCUGGAAGCCUCCACAGAAACACCUGCAGAACGGUGUGAUCCGUGGCUACCAGGUGGGCUACAGGGAGUACAGCCCCGGUGGGAGCCACCAGUUUACCAUUAUCAGUGUGGACAGCACGGGCGAUACCACAGAGAGCAUCGUGCUGGACAACCUGAAGAAAUUCACCCAGUACAGUGUGGUGGUGCAGGCUGCAAACAGAGCAGGCACCGGGCCGUCUUCACAGCAAGUGGUCACUAAGACACUGGAGGAUGUGCCGUCUCGGCCUCCUGAAAAUGUUCUGGCAGUGGCCAAGUCUCCAGAGGUCAUUUCACUCUCCUGGAUACCUCUGCCCAGGGAGGCUCUGAACGGGAACCUGCAGGGCUACAGAGUCAUCUACUGGGCCAACCUGCCUGACGGAGAACUGGGAGAAAUCAGAAAUAUGACCACCAGUCAGCCUUCUCUGGAGCUCGAUGGUUUGGAGAAGUACACCAACUACAGCAUCCAGGUGUUAGCCUUCACAAAUGCUGGAGAUGGUGUCCGCAGUGAACAGAUCUACGUCCGCACCAAAGAGGAUGUUCCUGGGCCUCCAGCAGGAGUGAAGGCCGCGGCCUCCAGUGGCUCAGAAGUCUACGUGUCCUGGCUGCCUCCGCUCAAACUCAAUGGCAUCAUCAGGAAAUACAUCGUCUUCUGCUCCAACCUGCAUCCGAUGGUGAUGAGUGAGUUUGAAGCUUCUCCAGAUGCAUACAUCUACAGGAUCCCAAACUUGGUUCUGACCAGACAGUACAGUAUCUGGGUGGUGGCUGUGACUGCUGCAGGUCACGGCAACAACAGUGAGAAAAUCACAGUGCAGCCUCUGGCCAAAGCUCCAGCUAGGAUCCUGACGUUUAAUGGGACAGUGACCACUCCUUGGAUGAAGGACAUUGUUUUACCAUGCAGGGCAGUUGGAGACCCUCCUCCCACCAUCAAGUGGCUCAAGGGAAACACCAAUGGGACACCUACACCCGUCCUGGUGGAUGGUCGUCGUAUUGUCUACGGCAAUGGCAGCUUCCUCAUCCGCACAGUGAAAGCAGAGGAUUCCGGGAACUACAGCUGUGUGGCCAGCAACAACUGGGGGUCAGAUGAGAUCACACUCAAUUUGCAGGUGCAAGUACCACCUGAUCAGCCACGCCUCACAGUGACCAAGACCACCACCACAUCGAUCACAUUGUCAUGGAUACCAGGAGACAACGGAGGGAGUUCAAUCAGAGGUUACAUUCUGCAGUACUCAGAAGAUAACAGUGAGCAGUGGGGCAGUUUUCCCAUCAGCCCCAGCGAGCGUUCAUACCGCCUGGAGAACCUGAAGUGUGGCACGUGGUACAAAUUCACUCUGACGGCCCAGAAUGCAGUGGGACCAGGGCGCAUCAGUGAGAUCAUUGAAGCUAAGACUCAUGGGAAAGAACCUCAAUUUGCCAAAGAACAUGAACUCUUCACCAGCAUCAACUCCACGAGGGCCAGGCUCAACCUGGCUGGCUGGAAUAACGGAGGCUGUCCAAUCACCUCCUUUAUACUGGAGUACCGAGCAGUGGACUUAGGCACCUGGACCACAGCCCAGCGCACAUCGCUGACCAAGAGCUACAUCCUGUACGAAUUGCAGGAGGCGACGUGGUACGAACUGCAGAUGAAGGUCACCAACAGUGCCGGCUCAGCAGAGAAGAGGAUCACCUUUGCUACUUUGAAUGCUGACGGAAGCACCAUCCCUCCUCUGCUGAAAACAGGAGAUCCCAUCUCAGACAACAUGUCAGGCAGUGGAGGUCUGAAGAUGGUGGUGACCAUCACCUCUAUUCUUGUGGUGGCUGUGCUGGUUUUUAUUAUGCUCAUGGUGCUAAAGAGGAGAAGGCGGGAGCAGAGGCUCAAAAGACUCAGAGAUGCCAAAAGCCUGGCAGAAAUGCUGAUGAGUAAGAACACCCGGACCCCUGACACAGUGAACAAGCAGCAGCAAACGCUAAGAAUGCACAUCGACAUCCCCAGAGCACAGCUCCUCAUCGAGGAGAGAGACACCAUGGAGACAAUCGAUGACAGGUCUACCGUGCUGCUGACAGACAAUGACUUUGGGGAGACCAAUAAACAGAAGUCCUCCACAGUGACCCACACAGUCCACUACCAGUCUCUGUCACAGGCCACUGGACCGCUGGUGGAUGUGUCCGAUGCUAGGCCUGGAACCAGUGAGUCCCACCACCAUCCCACUGCCAGACGCACUGCCAAAGCUGGUCCUGCCGCAGCACGGAGCCGAUACGCCAGCCAGUGGACUCUGAACCGGCCACACCCCACCAGCUCCUCACACACCCUGACCACUGACUGGCGACUCCCCACUCCGCGUGCCACUGGAUCUGUGGACAAAGAGAGCGACAGCUACAGUGUCAGCCCCUCACAGGAUACAGAUCGCGCACGGAGCAGCAUGGUAUCAACAGAGAGUGCCUCCUCCACCUACGAGGAGCUGGCCAGAGCCUAUGAGCAUGCCAAGAUGGAGGAACAGCUCCGCCAUGCCAAGUUCACCAUCACCGAGUGCUUCAUCUCUGACACCUCAUCUGAACAGAUGACAGCAGGGACCAACGACUACACCGACAGCCUGACCUCUAGCACACCGUCCGAGUCGGGCAUCUGCCGCUUUACCGCUUCUCCGCCCAAACCUCAGGAUGUCAGCAGGGUCAUGAACAUGGCCGUGCCCAAAGCGCACAGACCUGGAGGAGAGCUGGUCCACUUGCCGCCUUACCUCCGUAUGGACUUCCUGUUGAAUCGCGGCGUGCCUCUUCCAGCCCGAGGUGGGGGCGUCAGCAGCAGUAGUGGCAGCAGCAGCAGUGGAGGUGGUGCUGGAGCAAGUGGAAGUGGUGCCGGUGCUACAGGGGAAACAAGAGGAGGCGGAGGAGCCAUGGGUCAGACCUGCCUGGAGCCCCAGAGGAGCCGUACCCUGAAGAGGCCACCUCCCAUGGAACCCACCCCUAUGGAAGUGCCCUCACCCAGGGAGGUUCAGCAGUGGCAGCCAGGAACUGCUUCCACCCUCCCACACAGGGAUGUCCGGGAGAGGGGAGAGGCCCGUGGUGAGGUCCGGGGAGAGGUCCCUUCCUCAGGAGAUCUAGCCCAAGCACAGGCUGCCAAGCUUAGCACCUCCCAGGAGUCACUGCUGGACUCCAGAGGACACCUGAAACAGAGCAACAACCCCUAUGCCAAGUCUUACACUCUGGUAUAACACUGGGACACAGAGGACUGCUUCAGACAACAGGACUACUGCAGACACACUGGAGGAGGAAGGACAAGAGGCAGACGAAAGGCACAGGACGGACAGUUUUCCACAACAGAAAUUGUUGUAUAUAGAGCUGUUUCUGACAUGCGUCUGAAGUGGAUGCUUUUCUUUGAGUCUGUCUUUCUUUCUUUCACUCUUUUCUUUGUUUCCUCUCUCGCUCUUCUCUGUUGCUUUCACACCUUUCAUUCUCUCACGCCUCGCUCCUCUUCUGAUGAAAUUUUCUCUCACAGUUUUUAUUUUCUACUUGAAUAUUCUUUUAUUCUAAAGUGACAAAAUAUGAGGAUUGCCAAAAUGAUUUAUUUAAAAUUUGAGAAAGAGAAAAAAAUACUAUUGAAUUUAUAUCAAGGACAAUUAUAGUCAUUAUUAAUAUUACUAUUAUUAUAUAAAACAGAAAAUAUUUAAAAAAGAAGAAGGGACAGGGAGGAGGACUCUGCAGGAGAACGUUGCUUUCUUAAUUUAUUUUUGUUUUGUUGUCGCAGUGUGAUGAAAUCUGUGGUUGGGAAACUGAGGGGGUUUUUAGCACUACAAGGAGCCAACAGAGGAGAAGAGGAGAGACCCCAGACGUGACCGCCAAUGCUGACCAAUCGUAAUGUUUUUCAACCUUUCUGACGACUGCAUGGCGACUGAUCCAAUGACAAUUAAUAGGAAUGGCUGGACAUCCCAAAAAAAAAAAGAAGAGACAGAGAAAGAGAAUUUUUGUCACACUAUGAAAUUAUACAAUGUGAAUAUAUAUAAAGAGAUCACUUUUAUUUGUGGAUAUUAUGGGGAAAAUGAUUUGGUUAAUAAAGUCCUUAGUCAUGUUUGCACA